CAAAGCAUCAAAAAAUGUCAUUCUUGCUCUAUUUCCUCUGUCUUUUACCUAUUUUCUUAGUUUGCUUAUCAAACUUUUCUAAAAACCUCAAACACUCAAAAUGGAAGCUUCCUCCAGGACCCAAGACGCUUCCAAUCAUCGGAAACUUACACAACCUCACUGGAUCGCCUCAUGCAUGUUUUCGAAAUCUCUCCCAAAAAUUUGGACCAGUGAUGCUUCUCCGUUUCGGAUUCGUCCCCGUGGUCGUGAUCUCAUCGAGAGAAGGAGCAGAGGAAGCUCUGAAGACCCAAGAUCUUCAAUGUUGCAGCAGACCAGAGACUGUCGUGACAAAAAUGAUCUCUUACAACUUCAAAGACAUCGGGUUCGCCCCUUACGGCGAGGAAUGGAAAGCGUUAAGGAAGCUCGUGGUUGUCGAGCUCUUGAACAUGAAAAAGAUUCAGUCUUUCAGAUAUAUAAGAGAGGAAGAGAAUGACUUGCUGGUCAAGAAAUUAACAGAAUCGGCUUUGACACAAUCCCCGGUGAAUCUGAAGAAGACCCUUUUCACGCUCGUCGCUAGUAUUGUGUGUAGGCUCGCGUUCGGGAUAAAUAUCCACAAGUGCGAGUUUGUCGAUGAGGAAAAGGUUGCAGAUCUAGUUCACAAGUUUGAGAUGCUAGGCGCUGGUAUUGCGUUCACUGACUUCUUCCCUGGAGUGGGUUGGCUUAUCGACCAGAUCUCCGGACGGAAGAAGACAUUGAACAAUGUUUUCUCAGACCUCGACACUUUCUAUGAGAAUGUGCUUGAUGAUCAUCUCAAACCUGGAAGAAGAGUAUCAGAGAGCCCUGAUGUGGUUGACGUGAUGGUUGAUCUGAUGAAGAAGCAAGAGAAAGAUGGAGACUCUUUCAAGCUAACAACAGAUCAUCUCAAAGGAAUCAUCUCGGACAUAUUUCUUGCAGGAGUAAACACAAGCGUCGUCACUUUGAAUUGGGCGAUGACAGAGCUGAUUAGAAACCCAAAAGUGAUGAAGAAAGUGCAAGACGAGAUUCGGACAAUACUUGGGGACAAGAAACAGAGAAUCACAGAGCAAGAUCUAAACCAACUUCACUACUUCAAGCUCGUGGUCAAGGAGAUAUUUAGAUUACACCCAGCAGCUCCACUUUUGCUCCAAAGAGAGACGUUGUCUCAUGUCAAGAUUCAAGGUUACGAUAUUCCUGCAAAGACACAGAUGAUGAUCAACAUUUACUCGAUCGCACGUGAUCCAAAACUAUGGGAAAACCCAGAUGAGUUCAACCCUGACAGGUUCCUCGACAGUUCCAUAGAUUACCGAGGACUCAACUUUGAGCUUUUACCGUUUGGUUCUGGCCGGAGAAUCUGUCCAGGGAUAACGAUGGGAAUCACCACCGUAGAAUUGGGACUGUUUAAUUUGCUCUAUUUCUUUGAUUGGGAAGUGCCUCAAGGGAAGAAUGUGAAAGACAUCGACUUGGAAGAAACUGGAUCGUUCAUAAUCAGCAAGAAAACAACUCUACAACUUGUUCCAAUACUUCAUCGCUGAAAGAAUUAGUCAAUAAGAUUAUUUAUUUUUGUUGUACUCAGCUUCUUAAUUUUGAUUUUGUGAUAUUUGUUCUAUAUUUAAAAUCAAUAAAUCGUAAUCUGAAAAACAUGACGGAAA